AUGAAUAGGAUUACUAGAUCAUACACGCCUAAACAUAAGAUUGAAGAGGUUGUUAAUGUUUUGGAUAAAUUAGUUAAGCAAAUGACUCCUAAAUAGUAGAUAGUACAAAACUAUUCCGCAGAUUAAAAUAUCAGCCCUAUUAGAUAAAAUUAGAUUCAUUUAAAAUAAAUUGAAUUAUAAAGAUAGAGUAUUGACAUAUUGUAAUAACAAAUUAGAGAUAAAAGUUUAGAAAAUGAAUAGCUUAAGUAAUAAAAACAAAUAAUUAGAUAGCUUUCAGCAACAGGUAAUAAAUUCAUUUAAAAUUCUCGCCUAGAUUAAAGUAAUUUAUAGGAUUCUCCGAUAUCGCGUCAUUCACAUUAAACUAGCUAAACGCUACCUAAUUUUGCAAACAAAGAAUAAGAUUUAUCACUCACAGCUUUACCUUCCUAAUUUGACCUUAGUGUUGAAUAAAAAAAUAUACAAAACUUAAUAUUGUAGAAUCAGAUGUUAGAAGAAAAAAAUUCUAAAUUCAAACAACUCAUUUAAAUGAUGGAAAAUAAAUUUAAUGCUAAAUUAUAAGCUUAUUAAUAGAAAGAAAAAAAGUUAGAAGAUAAAUGCAGAUUUCUUUUUUCAACAUUGGAAGGUAAAGACAACGAAAUCAAAGAAAUAAUUCAGAUAUAACAAAAUAUGCUAUAGAAAACGAUCAAAGAAAUAGAAGAUAAGUAUAGACAGGACAUGUUAUAAUUAAAAUAGGAAAUAAUAAAAUUAAGAGAAGAGCUAUAAUAAAAAGAUUUGUUAAUACAAGAAAAAAGCUAUGAAAUUUUGGCAAAAGAAGAAACAAUAACAUAGCUAAAAGUGAAGUAUUUAGAGAAUGUAAAGCAAAGUUUAGCAAAAAAUAAAACUAGUUGUCUUAACUUGACAGUAGUAUAAAACACAGAAGAAAGCUACGAGAUUGAAAAAUAAGAUUCAUAAUUCAACUAGACUGACCAAAUACCUCAAUUUAAUCAAAAUAGUUUUAAAAAAAUUGACAUAGAUUAAACAAGAAAAAGUGAAUCAUACAAAUAAUCUGGAGAUUUAUAAAAUAAUUAAUAAGAAAAUGAAUAGCCAAGCCAAUAUAAAGCUGAUUAAAUUAAUGAAAAUAAUUUAGAUUAUAGCUCAGAUUUAACUUUUAAGCAAAGCCAUCCUUGCUAAUAACUUAAUGAAAAUUAAUUUAAUACCUAAAGCGAAGAAUAAGUAGAAAGAUAUAGUAAUACUUCUUAAUCUUAGUUAAAUAAAGACAUAUCUCAGUGUAAUGAUUAGUGUUAAAGUAAUAAUUAACAAUAAGAAUAAAAUAAUUUCAUUAAAAUAAAUCAAGAUAACACUGCAUAACUGAAUCAACAAAAUGAUUGGCACUAGCAUAAACAUCUAUUUGAAAAAGUAUAAAAGUCAAAAAGCUAGCUGUAAAAUAUUUAAAAUUUUUUAUAGCUAAGCAAAGCAGAGAAAUCAAAUGUUGAAAACUAGGUCAAAAUCUCUUUAGACUUAAAAUAAAGUUCUCAAAAAGAAUAAAUGAACUUCAUUUAAAACUACCCAAAUGUAAAUGGACCCCUUUCAAACAGAUCUCAGAUGUAAAAUUAAAUAAAUGAGCUUAAAGUUAAAUACUCAAAAAAUACUUCAUUUAAUGAUAAUAUGAAUAAAUCUCUUCCUAUUAUAAAUACUCAAAAUUAACUUUCUUUAAAGAAAAUUGAUUCAUUUCAAGAUGUUGAGAACGUAGAAUAAUAAAGAUCGAAUUAUUCAGAUAACUUUUAAAAUUUAUAGCACUUAAAGCUAAGUAACUCUUAUUUUGUAGAGCCAAACAAUAAAUUAUUUUUUAACUAAAACAACAAUCGAUCUGAUAUUUUGGCUUUUUAAAAUUAACAUUAAAAUUAAAAUUACAAUCAAAAUUAAAUAAAAGAAAUUCCAUUAAAAGAUUUAAAUAACUAAAGUGAAGUCUAAAACAAUAGCAUUAGCGAACUUAAUUAAAGCAAAGAUUUAACUAAAACUAAAUCUAAAUUAUAUUCUCUCAAGCUUGAGCAAGCUGAAGCUUGGAGGAAUACCUAUUCCCAUAUGUACGGGAAGAGCCCAAUUUAUAAUGAUAAAAACAUUAAAUAAAAUAAAUUACAAAACAAUUUUUGA